CAAGCUUUUUUCUUCUUUGCAUCAUCAAGAAUCCAUAUUUCCUUUUCCCUAUCCGUUUCAUAAAAACCCUAAUUAUCAAAAGAGAGAAUAUGAAGACUAAGAACGUGAAACUCUUACUCUUCUUCUUCUCCAUCUCCCUCCUUCUCAUCGCCGUCGCCAACGCCGCCGAAGGCCAUUCACAUGGUGGACCGAAAUGUGAAUGCUCACACGAAGAUGACCAUGAAAACAAAGCAGGAGCUCGAAAAUACAAGAUCGCCGCCAUUCCUACCGUUCUAAUCGCCGGCAUAAUCGGAGUUCUUUUCCCUUUGUUAGGCAAAGUCUUCCCUUCUUUGCGUCCAGAAACAUCUUUCUUCUUCGUCACGAAAGCUUUCGCCGCCGGAGUUAUCCUUGCUACCGGAUUUAUGCAUGUAUUGCCUGAGGCUUACGAGAUGCUUAACUCGCCGUGUCUAAAAUCUGAAGCAUGGGAAUUUCCGUUCACCGGAUUUAUUGCAAUGAUUGCUGCGAUCUUGACGUUAUCUGUUGAUACAUUUGCCACUUCGAGUUUCUAUAAAUCGCAUUGCAAAGCGUCGAAGAGGGUCAGUGAUGGAGAAUCCGGCGAGACCUCCGUGGACUCCGAGAAGGUCCAAAUUCUCCGGACUAGAAUUAUUGCACAGGUAUUGGAGUUGGGAAUAAUAGUACACUCAGUGGUAAUAGGAAUAUCACUUGGAGCUUCACAGAGCCCAGAUGCUGCCAAAGCUCUCUUUACUGCCUUAAUGUUUCAUCAAUGCUUUGAAGGGCUUGGCCUUGGUGGUUGUAUUGCUCAGGGAAAAUUCAAGUGUUUGUCGGUAACAAUAAUGUCGACGUUCUUCGCAAUAACGACACCAAUAGGAAUCGUUGUGGGAAUGGGAAUAGCAAAUUCUUACGAUGAGUCUUCACCAACGGCUCUGAUCGUGCAAGGAGUUUUGAACGCUGCAUCCGCAGGCAUUCUCAUCUACAUGUCUUUGGUGGACCUUCUCGCAGCAGAUUUCAUGCACCCUAAAAUGCAAUCCAAUACUGGGCUUCAAAUCAUGGCCCAUAUUGCUCUCCUUCUUGGUGCUGGCCUCAUGUCUCUGUUGGCUAAAUGGGCUUGAUAAUUCCUAAUUCAACUCUUUUAGUUUUGUUCAUGGCCUUUUAUGGCUAUCUUGAGAUCGAAUUAUUUGUUCUUUUUUCCCCUUUUCAAUGAUAUUUUUGAGAUCUCUAUUUUCUGGAACACUUCGUGUAUUCAUGUUUAAUAGUAUUUCAAUUGUGUAUAUUGAUCUGUUUCCAAGGAAAGUUACGAGCCUUGAUUUGUUGAUUGUUUGUGUGAUUUGUAAUAAUCUGUUAUAUACAUU